GCGCUUCCACUGCCCUCUCCCCCUAUUAAGAAAGUUUAGGUUCAAAGUCUGGGUCCAAAUUAUCAAGUUAUUAUUUAAAUGCAAUUACUGUUUUAAUUCUUCUGUUUAUAUAAUAGUUUUACAAAAUGUCGAACAGUAAAAUGUUUAAUGCACUAAAAAUCCUGAAACAUCGCAACAAUGUUAAACUUUUUAAUGAACUGCAUAGCAGAACCUUCGCGGCUGCCGCAACUUCAAACGUCCACACCAAGUGCAAAUUAGUUAACGGGGUUUAUGUCGUAACUAUAGACUCACCCAAUGUCAAGGUAAAUUCGCUGAAUACAGCUGUAAUGGAUGAAGUCAAGAACAUUGUAAAUGAAAUAGAAUCAAAUCCAGCAAUUGAGGCAGCUGUAUUAAUAUCGGGUAAACCGGGAUGCUUCAUAGCAGGCGCUGACAUUGGAAUGAUUGAAAGCUGCACAACAAAAGAUGAAGUUGUAGCUUUAGCCAAGAGUGGUCAUUCAAUUUUCCAUCAAAUGGAAAAGUCCCGAAAACCUUACAUAGCUGCUAUACAAGGAAGUUGCCUUGGAGGUGGUUUAGAAACAGCACUUGCCUGUCAUUACCGCAUUGCAGUUAAAGAUUCAAAAACUGGUUUUGCCUUACCUGAAGUUAUGUUGGGUCUACUGCCUGGUGGUGGUGGAACUCAGAGGAUGCCAAAAUUAACUUCAAUUCCUACCACUUUGGACCUCGCUUUAACAGGAAAAACAGUAAAGGCUGAUAAAGCUAAGAAAUUGGGAAUUGUAGACUUGCUUGUUUCACCACUGGGACCUGGUCUCGGACAGCCACAGGAAAAUACAAUGCAAUAUUUAGAAAAAGUUGCUAUCCAAGUGGCUAAAGAUAUUGCUUCUGGAAAAAUGAAGAUUGAAAAGAAAAAGGGGCUGAUGGACAAAGUUACUGGUACCGUAAUGCAGUGGGACUUUGUAAAGAACAUUAUUUUCAAUAAGGCCAAAGAACAAGUCAUGAAGGCAUCUCGGGGUCUCUACCCGGCACCUUUGAAAAUUUUGGAAGUAGUCAGGGUAGGAGUAGAUAAAGGCCCCGUUGCGGGUUUUGAGGCAGAAGCACAAGGUUUCGGUGAAUUGGCCAUGACUCCACAAAGCAAGGGCUUGAUCGGCCUCUUCCGUGGACAGACUGAGUGUAAGAAAAAUAGAUUUGGAAAGUCACAAGUUGAUGUCAAGACAAUUGGUGUGCUUGGAGCUGGUUUGAUGGGUGCUGGUAUAGUCCAAGUGUCAAUUGACAAAGGAUACAAUGUAGUGAUGAAGGAUGCUACCAACGCUGGUCUUUAUCGUGGCAUGGGACAAAUACAGACUGGCCUUACCAAUGCUGUUAAACGCAAAAGGAUUAGCGCUCUGCAGAAGGACAAAUAUAUCUCCAAUCUAUUACCGACAUUGGAUUACUCUAAGUUUAAGAAUGCGGAUUGUGUAAUUGAAGCUGUGUUUGAAGACAUUAAUAUCAAACACAAAGUUAUUAAGGAGAUCGAGGCAGUGGUGCCGAAACAUUGCAUCGUGGCCACCAAUACCAGUGCUAUUCCUAUAACGAAAAUCGCAGCUGGUAGCAGCCGUCCUGAGAAAGUUAUUGGUAUGCACUACUUCUCGCCUGUGGACAAGAUGCAGUUGCUCGAGAUCAUCCGUCACCCGGGCACCAGUGAUGAUACCGCAGCCUCCGCUGUCGCAGUGGGGCUGCGCCAGGGCAAGGUGGUGAUCACCGUGGGAGAUGGACCCGGCUUUUAUACCACCAGGAUCCUGUCCACCAUGCUUAGCGAGGCUAUUAGGCUGUUGCAAGAGGGUGUCGAUCCGAAAGCUCUGGACAACAUGACCAAGGAGUUCGGUUUCCCAGUGGGCGCCGCUACUUUGGCUGACGAAGUCGGAAUCGAUGUUGGCGCUCACAUCGCUGUUGAUUUGGCCAAGGCGUUCGGUGACAGAAUCAGCGGGGGUGACUUGAACAUAAUGCAAGACUUGGUGAAAUCCGGCUUUAUGGGCAGGAAGUCGGGCAAAGGUUUCUACAUCUACGAGAAGGGCAGCAAGAGCAAAGACGUGAACCAGGAUGCUGUGCAGCUUUUGAAAGAAAAGUAUUCGCUCGAGCCACGCGGUGCUGCUACCGUCGAAGAUCAGCAGCUGAGAAUGGUUUCUAGAUUUGUCAAUGAAGCGGUACUGUCGCUAGAGGAGAAAAUCUUACACAGCCCGCUCGAGGGUGAUGUCGGUGCUGUUUUCGGUCUUGGGUUCCCGCCUUUCACUGGAGGACCUUUCAGAUGGGUGGACCAGUUUGGCGCGGACAAAUUAGUUAGGAAGAUGGAAGAGUAUCAAGGCCUAUAUGGCGCUCCCUUCAAACCCGCCCAGACUCUCGUCGACAUGGCCAAAGAUACCAGCAAGAAAUUCUACAAGCGCUGAAUCUAAAUAAGUGACGCUUGUAGCGUUGUAUACUGCCCUCCUCUAUUGUUCUUAUUUUUGCAUGUUCACAAAUACGAAAUUACUAUAUUAUAACACGUGAAUCGUGAUAUUUAUAAGAUUGGCGAUGUUGCCGUUAAGAAUAAUGAAACGUUAUAUACCUACAUAGAAAUAUUUUUGAAGAUUUUAUAAUUAAGUGUAAGAGAAUCUUAGGAUAUGUGUAUGUAAUUUUCUAUUAUUUAUUUUGCUAUUGUCUUCUGAAAAAAGUCUCAAUCCGCUAAAAUUGUGUUGAUUACAAUUUUUUUAGUUGAAUAAAAAAUAAAAAUUCUA